AUGGAGGCAGUUGAGCCCUGGACAGUGUGGAUUAUGUCUAUUGGCUAUGAGGUUGAUGCAGGAACUUUAGAUGCCUAUGCACAAAACCUAUUGAACGGUUCGGUAGACUCCAAAGAAGAAAGGGUCAAAAAUUGCAAAGAAAAAUCAAUGGAAUUGAAUAACAAGUUCAUUGAACCGAAAAGGAAAAGGAAGGUGGCUAAUAUAGUGGAAGAUAUCCUUGUUGAGGAAGGUCACCCAAGAGAGAAAGUUAGAGCUACAAGAACUGCUAGAGAUGCAGAAGAAAAGGAAAAGAAACAAAAGAUUGCACUAGCUCCAAUCAAAGCAAAGGUGAUAGGGUCUUCUCCUAUUCCAGUGAAGACACCUCCGAUUGAAUCAAAGCCCUCUCAUUCAUCUGCUAAGGAUCUUGAUUUGCACAAGAAGUUUACAGGACCUGCCAUGAAGAGGAAAGUAAGGAAGGAGGUUGAGGAGCUAUUAGAAAAAAUGGGCAUAUCUAAUGAGGUUGUACAAAGGGAAAGAGAACAAAAUAUACUAAAGGAGGAGGAUAUGGAAAAUUCCAAGAAGACUAAACCUUUUUCCACCUCUUCAAAGAAAUCAAAGCCAAGAGAGUUUUGGUCUGCGCCUACCUUCGAUGUGCAGAAGACAUCACCUCCACCUAAGCCACAAUCAACACCAACUAGUGGGGUAGAGAAGAGGAAGAAGGAGAAACCCCAAAGAGUGUAUGUUGCUGCCACUACUGAGGACAUAGAGACAAAAUUUGAUGAAGUAGUGAAAGAGGUGAAGAAGACAACCACCUAUGCUAUAGUGGUGAAGAAACCUCAUCCUGAUCAAAGAAUUGAUGUGAAUUUGGAAGAACCAUCUCAUGAAACACCUAUUCUGGAAGUGCAUAAAGUUGUCCUUGACAAGAAAAAGGAUCAAUCACCUAAGAAGGCUAUUCUGAAAGGACAGUCAAAUGAUCAGACCCCAGUUGAUGAUGAUAGUGCCAAUGUUGAUAUCUUUGGUGACAUUGUACAGGAACUUCCGGUUAUAGAAGUUAUAUCAGAGAAAGAAGCCAAGGAGAUAGUUGAAGUAGAGAAGGGAAAGGAUGGUGAUAAAGAUGAGAGUGCAGAGGUAGGUGACAAGGGAGAGAAGGAGAAAGAUCAUGCUCUGGUUACAGUGGCAAGAGAUGUUGUACUGACUAAAGAGAAACAAGUUGCUAUUGAUUCAAAUGAUUUUGGCCAAGGGCCUAUCGAUCUAAGAUCAUUAUCUCCUAUUCAAGAACUAAAAUUGGCAACUCUCACUCAAGACAAAGCCAAUGAGGACUUUGUUAAGUCCCACUCUAGUGACAAGGAUUUGAUAUCAUUGGCAGGAGACAUGUUGCAAAAAAUUAUGCCAUCUUUCAAACUUGAUACAUUUGAUCCCUCCAGUAAGAUCAAGGGUUUGCUAAAUGUUGUUGGUUCUCAUUUUGAGUCUUUGGAGAAGAUUGAUACCAAAUCUCCACCGGAACUAGACACUGAAGAAAUAGUUGUACUAGAUGAAUUCUACAAUGCCAAGGAUAAGGGUGACACUAUUUCACCACCUAUCAUAUUCUUUAUGGAUGAAACUAAAGAUGUUGAGGAUACUAUUGAUACAACUGGUACCUACAAUGAACUAGUUAAGGAAAAAGAACAGGAAUCGAAUAUGGUCAAGGAUAAAAAAGCAGAGGAAGCACCAACUACUGAACAAAGUGUGGACAUGCCACCACCACCGGUAAAAGAACAUAAUGUUGAAAGUCAACUACCACCAGUCAUUAAACCAACACAGGAGGAACAUACAGAGAUAGGGAAAGAUAAACCAGAGAAGAAGACAGAAGAGAACAAGGAUAAAGAGAAGAAAAUGGAGAAGCAGAAGAAAACAACAGUUGAGGGUGAUGAUGAUGACUCAAUCAGCAUAAAAGGUCCUAUAGAUAUGGAUAAUCUGAGUGACUAUGAGUUAAUGGAGAUUUCUACUGCUAUGCAAUCCAAAGCACAAAAGAAGAGGUUCAAAGAGAAUAAACGAGAAGUAGAGACCAUUCAAACUGUUGUUCAAAUUUUGUGA